AUGGCGACGUUUUUUGAGUCCGGUACCUGGGUGUGGAUUCCCGAUGAGGACGAGGUUGUCCUUCCCGCCAAGGCCAAGUCGGCGUUCCGGCUGGGGGAGCGCGCGACGGUGGUGAUGGAGAACGGAACGGACAUGAUCUACUCCAACAUCGGGACAAUUUUGGUGUCCGUGAACCCUUUCAAGCCCCUGCCGCUGUACACCCCGCAGCAGAUGGAGAGGUACAAGGAGGGUCCGAGAGGGAAGCCACCCCACGUCUUCAGCGUUGGUCACCGCGCCUACUACGAGAUGCUGGGCGAGCGCAAGCCUCAGAGCGUUAUCAUUACGGGGGAAUCCGGAGCGGGCAAGUCGGAGGCUUGCAAGCUGGUGCUGCAGUUUAUCGCCGACCUCAGCGCGGCGCAUUCCGGCCGCACGGUCACGGAGGACGAGCAGUCGUUGGAGCAACAGCUGCUACAGGCAAACCCUAUCCUCGAGGCGUUCGGUAACGCCAAGACGGUGCGUAACGACAACUCUUCGCGUUUCGGAAAGCUCAUCACCAUCAAGUUCGACCCCAUGGGUGCCAUCUGCGAGUCCACGCUGGUGUCGUACCUGCUUGAGAAGAGCCGGGUGGUGUUCCAGAUGGCGGGGGAGCGGAACUACCACAUCUUCUACCAGCUCGUGGCGGGGGCGGACGAGAACCAGGCGUUGAGGGAUAGGCUCAUGCUGGACGGCUGCGAGGCGUUUAACUACCUCAACCAGUCGGGGGUGACGCGGAUUGAGGGGCAGGUGGAGGAGGUUGAUUUCGACGAGGUCCGCAACGCCAUGGACACCCUCUUGUUCACGCAGGACACGAAGGACACGAUCUGGUCCAUCCUGGCAGCGGUGCUCCACCUCGGCAACGUCGCCUUCACGGACAAGCGCAACCCGGACGUGGACGAGGUGGCCAAGGUGGCCAACAAGCAGACCCUCGCCUUCGCCGCCAGCCUCGUCGGCUGCGACCCUAAGUUGCUGACGAGCUGCCUGACCAUGCGGAAGCUGAGCACGGGCAACGUGGUGGUGCCCUACAAGGUGGACGAGGCGGGCCACACGAGGGACGCCAUGACCAAGACUCUCUACUCGCUGCUGUUCGAGUGGAUCAUCAAGCAGAUCAACAAGACGCUGGAGGCGGGCGGUACGUCCAAGAACGGCCGUGGCAGGGGGGGCGGCGGAAUGAGCGACUCGAUCAUCGCCCUCCUCGACAUCUUCGGGUUCGAGAGCUUCCAGACGAACAGCUUCGAGCAGCUGUGCAUCAACUACUGCAACGAGAAGCUCAACAACCACUUCAACGAGCACGUCUUCAAGGGCGAGAUCGCGGCCUACGCGGCCGAGGGGGUGGUGGUUCCCAACCUGGUCUUCAAGGACAACAAGCCUAUCCUGGACUUCAUCGAGGGCAAGGGGGACGGGCUGUACAGCAUCCUCGACGAGCAGAUCAUGGUCAACGGCACCGAUGCCAAGUUCUUGUCCAAGGUCCAGCAGAUGCACGGCAGCCACAAGCACUACAUCAUGCCGAAGCGGAACAACUGCCCGGACCCGGACACCCGCAACUGCUUCGGAGUCGUGCACUUCGCCGGAGACGUUUUCUACAACGUCCGCGACUUCGUCGAGAAGAACAAGGACGCGCUGCACUCGGACGUUGUCGAGGCCUUGAUGACGAGCACGAACGUGGUGGUGGCGGAGCUCUUCGACCCCGUGGCCGGAAAGAGGGCUGUCAAGCGUGAUGGAAGCCCCGCCCGGAGAGGGAGCCCGACGCCCUCCAGCCGCAAGGGGGCAAUGGCCACCCGCUUCACCAUCGCCAAGCAGUUCAAAGGGCAGCUGGAUGCGCUCAUGUCCACGCUCAACGCCACGGACCCCCACUUCAUCAGGUGCAUGAAGCCCAACAGCGAAAAAGCGGGCGACCUGUUCGUGACCCCGAUGAUGCUGGAGCAGCUAAGGUACUCGGGCCUCCUGGAGGUGUGCACGAUUCGAAAGAUGGGUUUCCCCAUCCGCAGGGUUUUCGACGAGUUCAUGCAGCGCUACGGGUGCAUCUCUCCCAGCGCCACCAACAUCGACAGCCUGCUCUCGGACCUUGUGCAGAAGCGCAUCCUGGACGAAAUGAAGUUCGCCAAGGGGCACAGCAAGGUCCUCAUGAAGAAUGAGCAGGCGUCGGCCCUCGACGUGGCGAGGGAGAAGGUGCUCGAGAAGUACGCCCUCAUGUUGCAGAGGCUGGCGCGAGGCUUCAUCGUGCGGCGCAGGCUGCUGUUCAUGCGCAAGGUGCUCCAGGGGCUGCACGACGCCAUCGCCAAGCGCAGCGACACGCUCCUCGCCAAGUGGUUCGCUCAGGUCGUUCUCCAGGAAGAGAAGAAGGUGAUCCACGCCCUCAGGAGGGGCGUCGAGAAACAGGACUACAGCACCGUCAAGGGGCUGCUGGCGCAAGCGGAGCAGAUGGGGCUUUCCGGGGAGGAGGUGAAGCAGGCGCAGGCCAUGCGUCUUCGCAUCGAGGGGGAGUCGAUCUGCCGGGACGCCCUGACCGCCGCGACGGCCAACAAGAAUCUCGACGAGCUCAACCUCAACCUACAGAAGGCCUCGGAGAUGGGUCUGUCAGGGCCGGAGGUUGACCGCGCCAAGGCGGUCCAGAAGGAGCUGCACGUCAGCCACGCUAGCCUCAAGGCGCUCAGGACGGCCGUGAAGUCGAAGCACCUGGAGAGCAUCAAGACCGCCCUGGCCGGGUGCCAGUCGUCCGGGAUCUCGUCCGGCAUGGACGUCGAGGUCGCCCAGAAGACCAUGGUCGAGCUCGAGAGGGAGGCGCACAAGCUCUCCGAGCAGCAGAACAUGAAGCAGGCCCUGGUGGUGGCGGCGAACACGAAGAUGCUGGACUCCAUCACGGAGGCCAUCGCCAAGGCGGAGGCGAUGAAGUUCCGGGGCCAGGAGCUGGCGGACGCGUACCAGGCUAAGAGGGACGUGGAGGAGAAGGAGAAGGUGAUGGAGGACGUCCAGGCGGCGAUGAACAGCAAGGACGUGGUGGCUCUCGGGAGGGCCCUCAAGGAGGCAGAACGGCUCAACGUCGACGAGCUGGACGAGCUGUCGGAGCUCCAGGAGGUGCGCAACGCCCUCAACCGAGAGGAGAAGGUGGUGGAGGUGAAGGCGAGGCUAAAGGAGGGCGUGAUGGGGGAGAACCUCGCGCUCCUGAACAAGGCCCUCGAGAUGGCGCUCGAGCUGGGGUGCCAGGAGGACAGCCAGGUGGUGGCUGCCCAGGCGGUGCAGAAGAGGUUGACGACGUGCGACGAGGCCCGGAGCAAGACCAUGUCCUCGCAGCGGGCGCUGACGGUGAAGAUGCAGAGCAAGUCGGGGGUCACAAGGGAGGACUUGGACUUGAUGGAGGAGGCCAUGGUAGAGGCGAAGGCCGCGGGUGUAAACGAAGCGGCCUCGUACAUGGUGGAGUCGUCCAUCCUGAAGGACCGGGGAGAGAAGCAGCUUGAGGCGCAGAACAUGCUCACGCAAGCGCUCGCCAGCCUCAGCAAGUCGAAGAUGAGAGGCUGCGUGUCACAAUUGAGGGGGGGGGGGGGUUCCCGCACUAUCAACAGGUAUAAGUUCGUCAACUACCCGCGGCUCCGCACCCCUAGCGACUACUCCAAGGGGUCUCUGCUGCACAAGAAGAGGGAGGCGGACCGGAUGCUCGAGUGGCAGAAUACGGUGUCCAACAAGAGCUUGACAGAGAUCCCCAAGGAGUUCGUCAAGGACGCGGUUACGGUGAGAAAGUCGCUCCUGGGCUACAUGGGAGACAAGCAGAUGUCCUUCCCGGAGACGCUGGCCCAGAACAUCCUCAUGAAGGGGCUCGACAAACCCAAAGUCAGGGACGAGGUGUACUUGCAGAUAAUGAAGCAGCUGACGAGCAACCCUAAGCCGGACAGCACUGCCAAGGGCUGGCAGGUGAUGUGCAUGGGGUGCAGCACGUUCCUCCCGAGCAUGGACUUCGAGAACUACCUGCUCAACUUCAUCCUCGAGAAGUGCCAAAUAGAGGGAGCGGAGGCGUGCUACGCCAAGUACUGCCUGCACACCUUGGAAGGCAUGAUGUCUUCCCGAACCAACGAGGGUAUCGUGCCCACGCUCGAGGAGAUCCAGGCGUAUAAGGAGCGCCCGCCCAUCCUCGCGACGAUCGAGCUGGUGAACGGAGCUCUGCUCACCGAGGACCUCCCGGUGGCCCCCGACCUGAACGUCAAGAAGGUGUUGGAGAUCUGUGCGCACUUCGGCGGCCUCCAGGCCGCGAGAACGGAGAUGAUGGGGCUCUUCGUCUACGACCUCGGUCCGAUCGACGAGGAGAAGGAGUCGAGCAACCUGCUCCCCUUCACGCCGUCGCCGCUUCGGAACGAGGACUACAUGGGCGACGUCUUCAUCCGCAAGGCCAGGCAAAGACGAGACUUCAAGUUCGUCUACAAGAGAAAGAUUUUCCUGCACUCGCACCCGUGGCCCAGCCAAGAUCCGGCCUUCAACCGGCUAGUCUACCUGCAGGCGGAAGACGACGUGAUUCGAUCUGGUAUCUUGGAAAUCACCGACAAGCAGUCGGUCGUCCUGCUGUCGGCGAUCGCGAUGGCCAUGGACCUCCAGGAGGAUGCCGCCCCAACGGAUAAGAACGCUCUCGCCAUGGAGUUGGUAGCCUCGUAACCUUCUAGAGAUCAGGUCAGGGGUUCGAAUCCCGGCGUAGGCGAGCUUUUCUUGCGAAGGAGUUUUUCUCUCGCUUCCGCUCCUGGCCAAGUGGAUAGCGCUAGUUCGUGUGUACACAGAGGGAAGAGAGUGCUGAACUCUUCUUGCAUUAAAAAUUGAAGGCGAAGUACCGCAGGAGGGGAGGGUAGAGAGAGGCUCUUCUGUGUGUCCACGGGUUGGAAUAAACGGCACUAGUGCUGUGAGCGCUGAUUUGAAGUG